AGAAUAUUUGUAUAAACAUAAUAAUGUGUAGAGCGUUUUAUAUAGAAAUUCUAUUGGAAAACAGCGUCCAUUCGAUAAAUACGCCCAAGAAUUUAUAUUACUAUCUUUGAAACUCAAUUUUCUCUUAGUUGGCCAAGCAAGCAAAUAUACCAUCUGCAAGUAUUUUAAAAUAAAUCAAAUACACAAUGGAGUAUCCGUGUAUUGAGAGUGAAACAGCAAUGAUUGAAGUUGCGGAUGUGAACAACGAAACGGAGGAUCCAUCUGCGAAGGUUGCUACGUGUAUGGUGGCACCGUCGAUGAAGCAGGUGUACUCGUGGAUUAAUGAUGGUGCAGCUGGAAAUAUGUGUGUUGAGGAAAUUGAAAUGGAAGAAAUCAAGAGAGAACCAUCCUACGACUCCGAUCCAAGUCGGGAAUCAUUAAGUAAGCCGCUAUUUCAAAUUGCAACCGAAAAGGCGGAAGAAAAUGGCCAAACAGGAUCAUCAUUGCUUGGAACAGCAGCGCACAACGAAAACCGGUAUCGACGUCUACGGUGCAAAUUUUGCCCUCUACUAUUUUACAGUGAGAAAACAUUGACGAACCAUCAAAGGAAGUGUCAGCUAGUAUGCGAACGAAUGAAUGUAGCUAAAGCUGCCCCUGAUUGUGAGACGAAGGGUAUCUUGGAAGAUCUACAAAAGCGAUUGCCACAGUUUACAAUCGCUAUCACUGGAAAAGAAGAUGUUGGUGCUAGUAGCUGUACUGAUGAUGGUACCCCGGUUCCACACCAUCGUAAGUCGGCUUCGGUGCCGAUAGAAAUAACGGUUAAGACCAUAUCUGAAAUCGAAGCACUUACUACGCCACCCAUUCAAUACAGUUCUAGCUCUUUGUCAACCACUUCAAGUAUAGAUAAUCAAAACCAGGCUGUCCUUUGGCGGACCCUCCCUCCAGAAAUCGCGCUUCAGCUGGAGAGGAUUGAGAACAAAUUAGCCCAGUUAAAAGAGGAGAAUUGUUUGUUACGUCAAGCGUUGGCGGUAUCCUUGGGCCUUCCGAUCGAGGAACAUAAUGAUUCAGACGCCUCCAACUUUGAACGGUUGGAUACCGAAAACCAGAUGGAAGAAUUCAACGAAAAGCUUGGUGAAGACGCUACAUUCGCCGAUACCAUGGUUACUCUGCUGAAGUUAAAAGCUGCUCACUGCAACCCAAAAAACCGCAUUGUGCUGUCGCUGGAUUUUCUCUUCAGUCGCCAACUGUUUGCGAAAUGCAGCUGGACUGGGAUUGGCAGAUCUGCUCCAAAACUUCCCUUUGGAAAAUUUAAAAAUAUUCUCACAUUGUUGCAGCGCGUGUCUGGCGCGUCGUUUGUUUUUGUAGAAAGCUGCGUGCGAAACCGAUUGUGCCAUAGCAAUGAAAGAUUGCAUGGAAAUUCAGGACGGAAAGCUUAUUGCAAGUUAGGUGGAAGCUCCGACAAAACGAGAUGUAUAUCACCACUUGCAGAACAUAAUGAAUUGAAUGUUUUCAAUUUUGAACAGCUGGAUAACGAAAAAAAGAUGAAGGAAUUCGAAGAAAAGCUUGGUAAAGACGCUGCAUUCGCCGAUAACAUUGUUACCCUGCUAAAGAUGAAAGCCGCACACUGGAAUCCAAAACAUCGUAUUGUGUUGUCGCUGGAUUUCCUCUUUAGUCGCCAACUGUUCGCUAGCUGUACCUGGACUGGGGCGGGCAGAUCUGCUCCAAAAAUCCCAUUGGGUGAAUUUAAAAAUAUUCACUCUUUGUUGAAGCGGGUGUCCGGUCUAUCGGGGAUAUCGGUAGAAAAAUGCCUGCGAAGCAGACUGCGACAAAGCAAUGGUAGAUUACGUGGGCUUCCCGGACGUAAACCAUACUGUAAGCUAGGAUGAAGCUCCAACAAAACGAGAUGCAUUUGUGUUAACUUGGUAAUACGAAAAUCUUUACACUUUUUGCACAAUGUUUUCUCAUUUCUACAGCAGAAUUGAUAAGAACAAAAAGUGAGGGAACCCGAUCGGUUGGCAACUGGAGGUAUGAUUAUUGGUAAAAUAUAAUAUGGAUAUGAAGCUACUUAGCUAAAUUGAGAUAAAUGGUUUAUCAGGAUCCGAAGAGUAUUUUUGUAUAACA